AUGGACACCUUGCUGGCUGACAUAAGAAGUGCCUUGUCCCGGGGGAAUGGGAUAAAGGCGCUCCUUCUGGAUGAAUUUACGCGUGAUUCUAUUAGCCCGAUUAUCUCGCAUGCUGAAUUACUUUCUUGCGACUUUUUCUUGUUUGAAAUAAUUAAGAAUACUAGGCAGCCUAUUGAUGUCUCUUGCGUGGCUAUUUUGAGUAAGUCUAGUGUGGAUAUGCUGAUUAGUGAGAUACAGAGGCAGACGUACCGGGAAUAUUAUAUAUUUAUAACGGAUGAAUUGAGUGAUGCUGAAAUUGAAAAGAUCGCAAGUAAUGAUUCUAAUGGCGUAAUUAAGGAGCUUCAGGAGCUGUACUUCCCUGGGGUGCCAUUCGAUAAUGAUUUUAUUAUUUUAAAUGGGAGUACUCCACUGGAAAUAAUUCAUUCAUUUUGUUGCUUGAUUAAAGGUCUUAAUUUGUCGUUGGAAAUCAGGUAUCUAUUCGGGUCUGAAGUGUCCUACAAGUGUGCUGACUUCAUAAACCAGGUUCAUCUUGGGUCUGAGAGGCCUGCUGACUUACUUAUCAUGGAAAGAUCGAUUGACUUAUUUACGCCGCUGCAGUAUGCAUGGACGUACCAAGCCAUGGCUGACGAAUAUUUGGAAUACAAGGCGGGCAUGAUAUCCUGGGGCGAUUAUAACUUGUGCACCUCGCAGGAUGACAGGUUUUUUGAGGAGUGCAAAUUCAUGGAUAUUUUGUAUGCAACGGAAAGACUGAAGGAGUCCUUUAAAAUGGUUAAAAUAUCUAGAGAAUCAGUUGGUGAGUUUAUAUCGAAUGUUAGACACAGGGCCAAGGAAAGCAACCGACUUACCAUGCACCUUAAGGCAAUAACCCAAAUUUCAAAUAUGUGCCCAGAGAAUUCGGAUGUAUCAGAGAUGAUUUACGACUUAAUUGAAGGAGUAGACGUGUCUCCUUUGGAGGAUCCAUCGGACUCGCAGAGACUAAGGAUUUCUAUAAUUGAAUAUUUAUGCACUUUGACUACCUCGAAAAAUAUCUUCAUGGCUAUGUGGAAGAAUCAGAAAAAACCUGUUCACUUAAAUAAUUCGUACAAAAAUGAAAUUGAAGAGUUUUCUAAUAAAUUCGUAAACCCGAAUAUAUCCAUAAGAAGGCCGUCCUUUAAGAAGGACAUGAGCCGUAAGCUAGAAUAUAUCCCAGAAGUAGUCAGAAUUGUGGGAGAAUUGAAGAAAAAGCGGCUAAGCAAGAAAGAGUUCCCUGUUAUAAGAAGAGUGCCAGGCGAGAAAAAAACUACACUUCUCUUCAUGCAUGGAGGGAUCAGUUUUAUUGAGUUUCGGGCGCUAAAGAUCUUUUUUGCAGAGGAAUACCCAGAUGAAAAGAUUUUAAUUAUCACAGAUAAAGUCAUUAGGGCAAAUGAUGUUAUAUCUGCGAUUACCCCAAAAAAGAAGUAA